AGCUAUUUGCAAGGGAAAUCGAAGUUGCUUCCCCACAUAUCCGGCGAAAAGUAAGAAAGAUGGCUACAGAGAGAUUCCAAACCUGUCGUCUUUGAUUAAUUAUUGUCAUUCUGGAUGGAAUAUAGCGAUGGUAUCACCCCCUCAAAAAUACAUCGUGACGGAAAAUAACCUUGUCACAGGUGGUCAUAGUGGCACGAGCUUGAAAGUCUCUCGUUACAAUCAAGUGUCCAUAGCAAGCUAGCUAACGUUAGUUGUGCUGCUAGCGUAGCCACACCGGCCAGCUGUCCUUCGAAUUCCUUGGAGGCGAUCAUGGACAGCACAGAGAUAGCAGUGUCCCCCAGGAGCCUCCACAGUGAGCUGAUGUGCCCCAUCUGUCUGGACAUGCUGAAGAACACCAUGACCACUAAGGAGUGCCUGCACCGCUUCUGCUCCGACUGCAUCGUCACUGCACUCCGAUCAGGGAACAAGGAAUGCCCCACGUGCCGAAAGAAGCUGGUGUCGAGACGCUCGUUGCGCCGUGACUCCAACUUCGACGCCCUCAUCUCAAAGAUCUACCCCAGCCGGGACGAGUACGAGGCCCACCAGGACCGGGUGCUGGAGAGACUCAACCGACUGCACAACAAGCAGGCCCUCAGCUCCAGCAUUGAGGAGGGGCUGCGCAUGCAGGCACUUAACAGAGCCCAGCGAGUGCGCAAACCGGCGCAGGAGAGCGACAACACAACCUUCAGUGGUGGCGAGGACAAUGGGGACACACGGUCACACCUCUCCCACGACUCCGCUCCCUCCCAUGCGCCCCUCCCCCCGAGCCACACCCCCUCUGAGGCCGGGCACACCCGGAACCCCAAGCGGCCCAGAGAAUCUAACGGGUCGGUCCCGGAGGUGGGCAGCCCCACGCCACCAGUCAGCUGCCACAAAGAGAGCCCCAGCUCUGAGAUAGAGCUGGUGUUCCGCCCGCACCCCAUGCUGGUCAACACACAGGACUACAGCCAGACCAGAUAUGUGAAGACCACAGCCAAUGCAACAGUGGACCACCUGUCUAAGUACCUGGCUCUGCGUAUCGCUCUGGAGGACAGACAAAGAGACAUAGGGACAGAGAAAGAGGGGGGUGCUAAAGGAGAAGCAGCAGUAGAAGGGGCCAGCCUGAAGAAUAUCAGUGAGAAACAAUACACCAUCUACAUUCCCACAUCAGGGGGCCAGUUCUCUGUGAGUACACAAGCGUAUCAGUCAUCUUUUUUCAGGGUGGUGGGAGCUAUUAUCAGUGAAUUAGGUUAAAAAUGGACCCCUCAGCUGUCCUAUUUAUCUCCUGCUCUACUUUCAUCCUCAUCCAUUGCUUUGACUUGUACCUCUGACUCACGUUUCUUUUGUUCUCUAUACCUCAGACUCUCAACGGCUCCUUGACUCUGGAGCUGGUAAAUGAGAAGUACUGGAAGGUCAGAAAGCCUCUGGAGCUCUACUAUGCCCCCACCAAGGACCAACAGCCCCAACCAUCACAGCCCAAAGAGGGGUGAGGAGCACUCCCUCUGACCAUGCGUGUCAGAGAGACUAAGAGUUGUGUGCUGCGUGUAGCUGCUUCGAAGGUAGUCAUUGGGAACAUUCCAUAGAUUGCCGGUCUCAACAUUCUGUUUUCAGUAGCCUCAAAUCAAACGAGUGUAAAGUUCAGAAAUCCUACAAAGUAGACGAUUCAUCAUUGAUACAAGGGUUGACUUAAUGCUGUCUGGACUGGCACACAGACAACAUACGUAGUCCAACCUUUCAAGUAUUGAUGCUUGGCAUUGCACCAAGACGGUUGAUACAUUUCAGAUCCGUGUGAGAAUUUUAUUGGAAGAUUAACCUUUGAGACUUGGGAUGACCUGAGGUCAUGAAGGAUUAAAUAUUAUGCAAGAAUACUGCAUUAGAUUUCUUUGUGGAAAUUUGAAAAUGUAAUAAGACAUGACUGGAGAACGUCAAGUAGUAACUGUCAGUGGAAUGUAUCCUGACCAUAGGGCUAGUUCCAUGACUUAUCUGAUGCACUUUGAGGUAAGCGAACCCAUGCCAGAAGAACAGUGUUAUCUUUGUACAAUUAAAGCAAUAUCCCACUUGGAA